GUUUCGCAUCACUCAUUUCCCAAGCUAGCCUUCACCCUUUUGACGAGCUUUGGUCUCGUCUUGUCUCUGUUGUGACUGACUCUUAUUCUUAACAAGCUUGGUCUUGUUCCGCUCUCCGUCCAUCCUUACACCAUAUCUCGACCUAUCUUGUUUAACGAUAAUGCGUUUCUUCAUCGCCACCCUCGUCGCUGCUUUCAUAGUUGCUUUCGCUCAUGCUGCGGCUAUUCCCCAUGUCUCCAGAGAUAACGUUCCUAGGGCCACGCGGCUUUCUCGUUAUCCAGUGGCAAGGAAUAACGGUGGUGCUUCGGCUCAUGCCGAAGCCAGAGAGACGGCUCCUGCUGCAGACAGUAGCCGUAUGAUCAAGCGGGUGCACCCCAGGCAGUUCCGGCCUCUAGAGAGCUACUAGGUGGCCUUGAAACGACAGGUAGCUGACCCUGUUCACACUGAGGUAAGAUGUUCUUAGAAAAUAAUGGGAUACGUCAGAUAGAGACAUCAAUAUUAAGUUAUUUGUAGUGUUACAUGUUGUUCUCGGGAAGAAUCCAUGUAGAUACUGUAAUGUACGAAAAUUAUAUGAACAUUUCAGAAUUAUGAAAGCA